AUGAUCGUAAAGGAUGUUGAUAAGGCCAUAAAAACGUUCGGGAAUAAUCCUGCCUUCUCUCAUCUUGUAGACCCGGAUAAACCUCAAGUUGUCAUACCUCUCUAUCUCCGGUAUGACAACCCUGCGUCCAGGCCUGUCGCAUCUCACUAUGCUGCUUCCCACAACAUUCUCCUCAAGAUCACCGUUCCCACGCGAACGGGUCGGAAACGCAAGCGAGGCAGCGAUGAGCCUUUUCAGGGGGAUACGGAUAUGCAGAUCUCAACAACGCCGACUGAUGGCUCGCCAAAUAUCUGCUCAAACUCUCAGCUUGAUGACCCCAAGCUCUUAAGGCGGAAGCUUGAGGACAACGUGGGCCGAUAUCAAGUCGAACCGGUCGGUGUAAUCAAACAUACCCAUCGAUAUCGAGGAAUGGCAGAUUUCUCGAACUCGAUUCAAGAGUCUCCCUUCAUGACCAAAUUCAUUGACAAAGCACUAUCAGGAGAAGUCGCAAAACUCCGCGAGUUCACUCUCGAUCCUGGGACGGCAAGACCCCCUAGAGUUGAAAUCAUCGCUCCACCCACUUUCACGCAUAUGACACUUCCCUUCUCAUAUAACUACACCCAGAACUCAUUCACGCGUGUCGUUGAUGGAGUCGAUGGUACCCAAAAGGUUGUAAAUGUAACAACGCGCGCGAAGAAUGCAGGCUUCUUUAUCCAGGCCACCGACCCCUCCCCUGGCGGACCUCGAACCCAACCCAACAUGAAGCAAGGUGUCCUCGCUACCAUUAUAAGAGAGCUUGAAAAAGCCAUGGAGGAGCGCCCUAUCUGGACCCGCCGAUCGAUCAUCAACCGACUCGCCAGUGUUCUGCAGGAUCCGAGCAAUGGCAUAUCAUCCAGAAGCAUUUCCUCCUCAUCCAUCAGGCAUGGAAUACAAUAUGUUGGCUACCAAUUCAAAGGCGGCCCAUGGCGGGAUGCUGUUGUCAAAUAUGGUGUAGACCCGCGCAGCGAUCCCAAAUAUCGCCAGUACCAGACACUAAUCUUCCGACUUCGACGGGUGCCCCUUGGGGCUAUGGGCACAACGUGGCAAUCGAUCCGCAAGAAGGAUGUGGCCAUGCUCUCCCGACCUAUCAUGGAGGCGGGGAACGAGUCGCACGUCUUCGACGGCGUGCACUUCAGUGAUGAUGGUAAAGUCUGGCAGGUAUGCGAUGUCACAGAUCCCCUGCUUGCCAGAUUACUCGCAGAGGCGCCCAUGCGGCCUACAUGUGACGAGGAGAACAGCGGGUGGUAUCAUCGGGGAUCAUGGGCAAAGAUCAAGGCAAUCAUGAAGUGCAAGAUGCGUGCGAUCCAAUUCAACAGAGAUAUUCCGGACAGCGAUUUCGACCAAGCCGUCCGCAUGCGGGAUGAAACACCUGAUAUCGAGGCUGGCUCAAAGACUGUAGGUAUACCAGUCCCAGACCUCAAGUUGAAGCCAGAGGAGCUGGAGCAAAUCAGAGGCAAAAGGUACAAACCUGUAGGGAGGGACAGGUCCAACAAGAGGGCCACAUUUCACCUCCCAUACGGCCCAGGGAGCAAGCAACCCACAGCGAAACCGACGGGCGAUGCAGAGGCCACUGAGACUCCCGAUACGGGCAUUUCUACACCAAUCCCAGCAGAGGAGAUCCCGGACGCCAGCACGACGGCCGAGCAAAUUGCAGGUAAUAGAACCGCAGCAGGCCCGUCGAAGCAGGAACAGGUAGAUGAAGAUGAGGGCGAAGACGAUGAUAGCGGUGACAGCUCCAGCUCUGAGUCCGAUGAGACAGGGUCCGAGGACGAGGAAGAUGAAGACGAAGACGAAGACGACGAGACUGGCUUUCCUGAGCGGUUUGGGCCAGAGGAGUACGACGAAGAGGAGCGAGGCUUCUCAAGCAACGAAGACGAUCAGGAUGUGUAG